AUGGCUGAUACAUGGACUGUAGUUAAAUUUAAAGAAGAAAAUUCUGUAGAGGCUAUACCAACAACUUGGCUGAUGGGCAAUGAUCAUUGCUAUUGGCCACCUUACACACAUGAAAAAAUACAGCAAGCAAUCAAAAAACACGACCAACCAAACACUUGUUGGCCUCUGCAUAAAAUUGAAAUUUUCAAGAGCGGAACUUAUGACAACUACCUUCAAGCUCGGACCAAAGCCAAAAAGGCAGAAAAUGAGAGUGAUUUGAACUCUGAUCUUGAUAUGAGUAAACGUAGAGUGAGGCGGAGAAAAGUAAUAUCCUCAGAUGACAGUUCAAAAUCAUCUGCUGAGGAGCUGGACACAGUAAAAUGGCAUAAAAAAUGCUCCCAGAAGAAAUUAACUGCCCCACCUAAAAUACCUACCAUAUCAAGUACAAGUUAUUCAGUCCAAUCAAGAAGUCAGCUUGAUGAUCCAGUUCCUGUAAUUCCUGCAAUACUUGAUUCUGUUAGCAGUAAAUCUAUUAAUGGGGAUAGUUUGAGAAACAUUGUAAAGCAACAAGUACUCAUGAGAAAUAUAUUGGCUCAAAUUCUCGAAGAUAUCCAAAAUUUAAGAAUAUUACAACCAACAUAUAUCAGGAAAGAAACCCAUCCGUCAAUAUUUGCAACGUUCAGUUUCUUCUCUAUCAGUUCAGAUGAACACCUAAUCCUUGUGGAGGAGUAUUUAGAAAAUGAAAUAAACUUUAGAGCAACUGUUGAUGAAUUUUCUAAGUUAGGUGGAACUAAUAAUCUAUAUGAUUUUAUUAAAAGGUGUCUCAAUGUAGCAAUAUCGAAUUCCUUCGCCUCACAAUUCAGUUGGCACGGAGCUAAAAAGAAAAGAAUAUUUGGAAAUCUGAAAUUGGCAAAAAUACUCUUAGGUGCAUCUGAACAAUCCAAACUAUCAGAAAACCAAAAAGCAACCGAAGAAGCAGUUAAAAAAUGGUUAAGGAGAGCCAAAGAUCGAAGUGAGAAUGUAAAAGUGGGAAUCGACAAUAAUAAAAAUUAG